AUGUAUGUUUCCUGUGGUUCCAGUAACGACUUGGAUCGUCAAAUCGAACAGCUUAGGCAAUGCGAAAUCAUCGGGGAACAGGAGGUGAAAGCAUUGUGUUUCAAAGCACGCGAAAUACUCAUUGAAGAGAGCAACGUGCAACGCGUCGACUCGCCCGUCACCGUAUGUGGAGAUAUUCAUGGACAGUUUUAUGAUCUAAAAGAAUUGUUUAAAGUAGGCGGUGAUAUUCCUGAAAGAAAUUAUUUAUUUAUGGGUGAUUUUGUCGAUCGAGGAUUCUUCAGUGUUGAGACAUUUUUACUUCUACUUGCCUUAAAAGUAAGAUAUCCUGAUCGAAUAACAUUAAUACGUGGUAACCAUGAAUCACGACAAAUCACUCAAGUUUAUGGUUUUUAUGACGAAUGCUUACGAAAAUACAAUAGUGUUGCUGUAUGGCGUUAUUGUACUGACAUUUUUGAUUAUCUGAGCUUAUCUGCUAUUAUUGAUGGAAAAAUAUUCUGUGUGCAUGGUGGUUUGUCUCCUUCAAUACAAACAUUGGAUCAAAUUAGAACCAUUGAUAGAAAACAGGAAGUUCCCCAUGAUGGACCUAUGUGUGAUCUAUUAUGGUCAGAUCCUGAAAAUACUCAGGGAUGGGGUGUGAGUCCUCGAGGUGCUGGAUACCUAUUUGGUUCUGAUGUUGUCUCCCAGUUUAAUACAACAAAUGAUCUAGAUAUUAUUUGUAGAGCUCACCAACUAGUCAUGGAAGGUUAUAAAUGGCAUUUUGAUGAAACUGUCCUUACUGUUUGGUCGGCACCCAAUUAUUGCUAUCGUUGUGGUAAUAUCGCGGCAAUAUUAGAACUCAGCGAAACACUUCAAAGAGAUUUUAUACUAUUCGAGGCAGCUAUACAAGAAGGACACGGAAUGCAAACAAAAAAACAUAUAGCUGACUAUUUCCUUUAA